CCAAGAUGGCGAAGGUGUCGGAGAUGUACGACGUGACUUGGGAAGAUAUGCGUGAUAAAAUGAGGAAAUGGAGGGAAGAAAACUACCGAAACAGUGAACAGAUAGUGGAUGUUGGAGAAGAGUUAAUUAAUGAAUAUGCAUCUAAACUUGGAGAUGACAUUUGGAUAAUAUAUGAACAGGUGAUGAUUGCUGCCCUGGACUGCAGUCGAGACGAUUUGGCAUUGUUUUGUCUUCAGGAACUAAGACGGCAGUUUCCUGGGAGCCACAGAGUUAAACGAUUAACUGGAAUGAGAUUUGAAGCUAUGGAAAGGUAUGAUGAUGCCAUCCAGUUAUAUGAUAGAAUUUUACAAGAAGAUUCAACUAACACAGCGGCAAGAAAGCGUAAGAUUGCCAUUCGAAAAGCCCAGGGGAAAAAUCUUGAGGCCAUCCGAGAGCUGAAUGAGUAUCUGGAACAGUUUGUUGGAGACCAAGAAGCUUGGCAUGAACUUGCAGAACUUUACAUCAAUGAACAUGACUAUGCAAAGGCAGCCUUCUGCUUAGAGGAGCUUAUGAUGACUAAUCCACACAACCACUUAUAUUGUCAGCAAUAUGCUGAAGUUAAAUACACUCAAGGUGGGCUUGAAAACCUUGAGCUAUCAAGAAAGUAUUUUGCACAAGCACUGAAGCUUAACAACAGAAAUAUGAGAGCUUUGUUUGGACUUUACAUGUCUGCCAGCCAUAUUGCUUCCAAUCCAAAAGCAAGUGCAAAAAUGAAAAAAGAUAAUAUGAAAUAUGCCAGCUGGGCAGCUAACCAAAUAAACAGAGCAUACCAGUUUGCAGGUCGCAGUAAGAAAGAAACUAAAUACUCUUUGAAGGCAGUGGAAGACAUGUUGGAGACCCUGCAAAUCACUCAAUCUUAGGUUGGCACAGGGAUCCAAUAUUAAAUUUUCCAAUUCCAUGAUCAACCUGUAAUGACCUAUGGGUUAUGUUAUUUUAGUGCUGUUAAAAGUUAAUUUUGUAUUGAUUAACAUGCUAUCUAAAAUAAUGUUUUAUGAAAAGUAAAAUGCCUAUUUAUUGCUGCUGAGAAAUGUCAUGAAUACCCACUGAAAUGAAUAACUGAUCCACAUAGACAACAUAACGAAAUGACAUGUGCUGCACAUCAGUCUUUUCAGAUUUUUGUAUCUACAGUACCUGCUUUUAAGCCAUAAUUUGUAGAAAUAAACUUGUUAAAUGAUUAAAAAAAAUUACAGUGAUUUAUUGGACUCGCAAAUGGAAAUUAUGAAUUUAUAUAUGUAGAUGAAUAACAUAUGUUAGAAAUUUUAAUCUUAUUUGCAUAUUUAAGAGUAAAAGCAUGCUACAGAUGUACACUUUCUCGUAAAUGUUUACCAUACAGCAAGGAGUGAUUAUGAAUACACUUUAUUAGAGAAAAAAGUUGACGUUAGUGGUUUUAUUAGUGAGUUGAUAUCCAGUACUGUAGCAAUGGAGAAAACUUAUUUGUGUACUUUGCUUCAGAGGUGCUCUUGUACUGGCUUAAGGCCAAAGACAUUCUUCUGUGUGGCUUUGUGGGCAAAUGCUUCCAUGUCCAUGGAGUUCUCCAAUCAGUAUAUGCAUGUGCACUUCUUUUAUUCCUUCUGUGUGUCCUUUGUUGUACAUGUGUUCCACAUCAUGAAUUUCAAAACCAUCUGAAUGCAGGGCUGCAUGCUGGUCUGUACUAAUUUUGUACCUACGGUAUGGGUACCCCUUCACUGUGGUGUAAGCUAUGGUAUAUUAGCUUCCCCACAGUAACCAAGUGUUACUGCGCUGUAUGGAUGAGAUAGCUUGUUCAACUGCCUUGUAGUUACUGGAGGAUAAAAGUGUUUUUACACCAUUAGGAUGAAGGAUCUAGCACACUGUAAAUCUAUAUUGUAUUUGUCUUUAAGUGCUUGUUUAUUUACUCAGAUAAUUAGUCAAACACCCUAAUUCAUGCAUUUUGCAGUUCUGAUCAUUGUGGGUGUUGUUCAGAUGGCAAUUCAGUUGCACAGCUAUCAUUCCGUUUAUUAUGGCUUCAGUAAGAUUGCAUAACAGCAGCAACAUACCCUUGACAAAUUCUAAUAAAAAUAUUGCCAUGUCAUUUUCAUGACUGUUACCACCAUCCAAGCUGAUUUGAGUUUCAGAGUUUAUACUGCCUGCUCUAUAUAGAUGGGUAGGUUAAAGGCUGUGUAUUAAAAUGUCCAUUUUAUGAUCCUGGACUUGGUGUAAUAAAACAAAGCUGAGCUCCUGCUUAAAAAGAAAGCAGCAACAAAAACUUCCCCUGUGAGUUCAAAGCCUAAAAAUGUGUAUAACUGAACUGGUUGUUGCAUGAGACUGUGCCUUUAAGAAACGUGCAAGAUCUCAUUCCCAUUAUCCAUGAAGUAAGUUGGAAUAUGGUAGUGUGACAGGAUGGGUGCUGUGCCCUGAGAAUGAAUUGUAUGUGGAAUCUUAAAUUAACUUAAUUCAGUACUGUUGAAAUACAAAACUGCAAAUACUGCAUAGUAUUAUAUUAAAACACCCAAUUCUAACUUGGGGAAAUAGCGCAGACCCUUUUAUAAUAGUAAUUCACAAACUGGCCUCCGAAUAGUAUUUGCAGAUAGAUUAUGUAUGUUUCAGGUGGAAAACCAAGAAAAUAUCAUAGGCAAACCUCUGUAUUUCUGUUCAGAUUUAUAGUCUUUUACUGUAUGAGUGUGCCAUCUAGAGUUUUAAACCCUCAUUAGUCUUUUUUUAUUUUACCUACAACUCAGAUAACUUGGUUGCAUUCUAAAAUUAAAAGUGGUGGGAAGCUGUACUGUAGACUAAAAUUACUUAGCGGUGCAUAACAUUUUACCUCCAAGCUAUUAAAAAAACAGCAGUGCAGUGUUCUUGUGCAGCAGGCAUCUAUGCUGCUGGAAAGCAUCAUAUAUAAUGUUUUAUUCAGAGGCAACUUUUAACAUAACAGUGUCAAACAUGAGCAUAUAUUAUAUCAGUUUCUCUGUAAGGAAGUUUGUUCUGUUUCUUGUUUUCAGUGAUUUGAUGACAAAUUUCAUCUCAUUUGGCUGCUUAGAACCUUCUAGUUUUCACUACUGCUUAGCAUCUUUUUGAAAUUACUAUUUAACACUGAUUUGUGCUUGUAUUUUGGCAUAAUUCCCACAUAGUAGAGCUAACAAAUUGACCUAGCAGAUAUUUCUGACAAAUUUGUAUUUACUUCGAAGAUAAAAUAAAUUACUCCUAUGAAAAUGCAUGGGCAGUCUUUGAUAGAACUAUUGAAUUGCAGCAAUGGAAAUUCAGGGGUUUUUCCGUAUUCAAAUGAAAAAAGAAAAUUUAAAAAUCCUGUGUCUGCAGAGGAAGUAACUAUGAAAUGCCCUGCACUGUCAGCAAGCAAAAGGUACAGAAGAGAAGCUGUGAUAUAAUGUGAUCUUUAUAAAAGUAAUU